AUGGCGGGGCGGCUGCUGCUGCUGCUGCUGCUGCUGGCGGGGACCCUGCGUGCCGCCCGCUGCUGCCCCGGACCCCCCGGCCCCGGUACCGACCCCGACCUCGACCUCGGCCCCGGCCCGGACCCGGUCGCCGCCGCCCCCCCGGGGCCGCCCCCCCCCGCCGCCGCCGCCGCCGCCCUGGGCGCGCUGCUCCGCUCCCUGCAGCACCCCGACCGCAGCCCGGGGUCCCUCCUCCAGCCGCAGAGGUUCGGGCGGGGGCUGCAGGGGGGGUCCCAGGCCCGGCUCAGCCCCCGCAGCUGGGACCCUCCGGCCGCCCCGUUCUGGACCAUGGCGACGCCGCAGCGCUUCGGCCGCCGCCGCUGAGCGUCCGUCCGUCCUUCUGUCCGUUGCUGGAGCCGUCCGUCUGGAAAGCCGUCCGUGAGGCCAUCCGUGAGUCCGUCUGUCCGUGGGUUCAUCCGUCACCCAAUAAACUGGUGCCACUCGCCCCUGAA